GCACGACAUGUCGUCGGGCCUCCGCGCCUCCGUCUUCCCCCGCUGGAAGCGCCACAUCUCGGAGGAGUUGAGGCGCCGGGACCGGCUGCAGAGGCAGGCGUUCGAAGAGAUCAUCCUGCAGUGGCUUCCCUGGUGGCGCAGUGGUUGGGAGUCCGCCUGCCAAUGCAGGGGACGUGGGUUCGUGCCCCAGUCCGGGAAGAUCCCACAUGCCGCGGAGCUGCUGGGCCCAUGAGCUAUGGCCGCUGGGCCUGCACGUCCGGAACCUGUGCUCCGCGGCGGGAGAGGCCACAACAGUGAGAGGCCCGCGCACCGCAAAAAAAAAAAAAAAGUAUCUUCUUUCUAAAAAACUUCCAAAUAUAAUAAGAUAACAAGUUGCUGGAAAAGUCAGAUCUUCAUUCAGUGCUGGCCCAUAAGCUACAAGCUGAAAAGCAUGACAUACCAAACAGGCAUGAGAUAAGUCCUGGACAUGAUGGUGCAUGGAAUGAUAGUCAGCUGCAAGAAAUGGCCCAGCUGAGGAUUAAACACCAAGAAGAACUGACUGAAUUACACAAGAAACGUGGGGAGUUAGCUCAGUUGGUGAUUGACCUGAAUAACCAAAUGCAGCAAAAGGACAAGGAGAUGCAGAUGAAUGAAGCCAAAAUUGCAGAAUGCUUGCAGACCAUCUCUGAUCUCGAGACCGAGUGCCUGGAACUACGCACUAAGCUUCAGGACCUUGAAAGAGCCAACCAGACCCUGAAGGAUGAAUAUGAUGCCCUGCAGAUCACUUUCACUGCCCUGGAGGAGAAACUGAGGAAGACUACUGAGGAGAACCAGGAGCUGGUCACCAGAUGGAUGGCUGAGAAAGCCCAGGAAGCUAAUCGCUUAAAUGCGGAGAAUGAGAAGGAUUCAAGGAGGCGGCAAGCCCGGCUGCAGAAGGAGCUCGCAGAAGCAGCAAAGGAACCUCUCCCAGCUGAGCAGGAUGAUGACAUUGAAGUCCUUGUGGAUGAAACCUCCGAUCACGCUGAGGAGGCCUCUCCGGUGCGGGCCGUCAGCAGAGCAGCCGCUAAGCGACUCUCGCAGCCUGCUGGAGGCCUUCUGGAUUCUAUCACUAAUAUCUUUGGUCUGUCCGAGUCUCCCCUUUUGGGACAUCACUCUUCUGAUGCUGCCAGGAGGCGCUCUGUGUCUUCCUUUCCAGUUCCCCAGGAUAACGUGGAUACUCAUCCUGGCUCUAGUAAAGAAGUGAGGGUGCCAACGACUGCAAUGUGUGUCUUCGACGCUCAUGAUGGGGAGGUCAAUGCUGUGCAGUUCAGUCCGGGUUCCCGGCUCCUGGCCACGGGAGGCAUGGAUCGGAGGGUGAAGCUCUGGGAAGUGUUCGGAGACAAAUGUGAGUUCAAGGGCUCCCUGUCUGGCAGUAAUGCAGGAAUUACAAGCAUUGAAUUCGAUAGUGCUGGAUCUUACCUCUUAGCAGCGUCAAAUGAUUUUGCAAGCCGCAUCUGGACUGUGGAUGACUAUCGGUUACGGCAUACACUCACGGGACACAGCGGCAAAGUGCUGUCUGCCAAGUUCCUGCUGGACAAUGCGCGUAUUGUUUCUGGAAGUCACGACCGGACCCUCAAACUCUGGGAUCUACGCAGCAAAGUCUGCAUAAAGACGGUAUUUGCCGGAUCCAGCUGCAAUGAUAUUGUCUGCACAGAGCAGUGUGUGAUGAGUGGACAUUUUGACAAGAAAAUUCGUUUCUGGGACAUCCGAUCAGAGAGUAUUGUCCGAGAGAUGGAGCUCUUGGGAAAGAUUACUGCCCUGGACUUAAACCCAGAAAGAACUGAACUUCUCAGCUGCUCCCGAGAUGACCUGCUAAAAAUUAUUGACCUACGAAUAAAUGCCGUCAGACAGACAUUCAGCGCGCCGGGCUUCAAGUGCGGCUCCGACUGGACGAGAGUUGUGUUCAGCCCUGACGGCAGUUACGUGGCAGCAGGCUCGGCCGAGGGCUCCCUCUACAUCUGGAGCGUGCUCUCCGGGAAAGUGGAGAAGGUCCUUUCAAAGCAUCACAGCUCAGCGAUCAACGCCGUGGCCUGGUCGCCUGCCGGCUCCCAUGUCGUCAGCGUGGACAAAGGAAGCAAAGCUGUGCUGUGGUCAGAGUACUGAGGGCACCUCGUCAGGAGAGAGCGGAUCAGAAGCUGGAGGGGCACGCGGGCCCCACGGCUCUGUCCUGGCAGGUGGCGCCUGGACUGUGGCUUUGACCUCCAGAGAAGAGCUCGAGCCGUGGGGUGCAGUAGCCUGCCUUCGAGCAGGGCUCCCGAGGGUCGUGGCUGAGGUCCCGUGGCCUGAAAGAGUAACACUGAGAAAAACCUGAUGCUGCGGUUGCUCAGCAGAGGUUCAGGUUCUUGCCUUGAUUCAAGUGGGAAACACUACUGGCUCUGAUCUUGCAUACCUCAGCGGGGGGAGCGCAGGCACCUGCUGGCUUCUCCCCUGGGCGGUGGCGCCGCAGACGCCCCUGCACCGGGUGUUGCUUCUCCCCUGUGCUUUCUCCCGUCCUUCCAAAGUCGGUUCUGGCCUGAUGAAGGUCCUGUCACCUUGGGGUCAUUUUCCCAGGGAACUUGCUUUAAUCAUGGAUUAACAGAAACCCAGGUGGGAUUACCCCUGCCCUCAGGUAGCCCACGGGGACGGUGGGACUGUGGUCCCCCCGCUGGUCUGUGUCUUUACUACGAGGCUCUUACUCUGACCUCACCUGAUCACAGUUGGAAUUUCCUUAGGUCUCCUAAACUGUUCUUAGAAAGCAACUGUUCUUCAAAACUCCUUCCUCCCUCCCCUCCCCCCCCAGUUCUACAUAUCUAUCUCUUGGUCAAGAAAGAAAUCUCAAUUUGGUUAAAAAAAAAAAAAAAUUGGCAGUGGGUAGGAGAAGAAGUGCACAACCCUUUUUCCAGAGAAGCGGGUGAGCUGCAGGAAUAAAGACUGUAUUCCCGGAUCAUCUGUAGCUUCUCAGAAGGUGGGCCGCCCCCUUCUUCCCGGCUGUGCUGGGGUUACAGUUGCCGGUGGUGUGGGAUUGGAGGCCUCCAGUGUAUUACCCUGGAGCCAGUAGUUCCGGGUCGCUGCCCCUUUGCCAAGCCUAUGUGCAAUACCCCCUCGGUGCUUUAGUGCAGGAAGCCCAUUCCAGGAAGCAUGGGAAUGCCGUCUUUCGAUUUCGGGACUUGCGAGUAAGGCCGGGAAGAAGCUGGCCUAUGCAUUUUUUUUUUAAACGUUUAUCUUUACCAUCUUACUCGUUUAUAAAAUUAUAGUUCCUUGAGUGACUGAAACACCAAUAUUUUUAUCACUUACUCAUUCGCACUUUAAUUUUCUUCCUUCCAGACUUGUUCUCUGGACAUCUGUGGGAGCGAGGGCUAGAGCAGGGUGAGGACGGGCUGCGCGCUCCCUCUGAUGGUGUUGGCGGCUCUGUUCUCCCCUUUCCCCUGCCCUCGCCUCCCCUUUUCAGUUUGCUGUUCAGGGAACUCGUGCUGAGGGGAGUUGAAAUUCACAGGCCAGGGCAUGUCUUUUAUUUAUUUAAUUAUGUUGCCCAACAGAACUUGAUUGUAAAUAAAAAAGAAAUCUGUUAUGUACUUUUCACACUCCA